CCAGGAGCUCGGUGGGUCUUGGGUGGGUGUAGACAGCCGCGGCGGCUGCGGCGCCGAUAGUGACAGUGAGUGCGUGAGACCCGGACGGAAAUGGCGAUGGCGAUGUCGGACAGUGGGGCGAGCCGCCUGCGUCGGCAGCUGGAGUCAGGGGGUUUUGAGGCGCGGCUGUACGUGAAGCAGCUCUCGCAGCAGUCGGAUGGGGACCGGGACCUCCAGGAGCACCGGCAGCGCAUCCAGGCGCUGGCGGAGGAGACGGCGCAGAACCUGAAGCGCAACGUCUACCAGAACUACCGGCAGUUCAUAGAGACGGCCCGUGAGAUCUCCUACCUGGAGAGCGAGAUGUACCAGCUCAGCCACCUGCUGACGGAGCAGAAGAGCAGCCUGGAGAGCAUCCCGCUUACGUUGCUGCCUGCCGCAGCUGCCGCCGGAGCCGCUGCCGCGUCUGGCGGGGAGGAGGGAGUCGGUGGGGCGGGGGGCCGAGACCACCUCCGAGGCCAGGCCGGUUUUUUCUCCACCCCCGGUGGCGCCUCCCGCGACGGCUCCGGUCCAGGCGAGGAAGGAAAGCAGCGCACUCUCACCACCCUGCUUGAGAAGGUGGAAGGCUGCAGGCAUUUGCUGGAGACGCCGGGACAGUACCUGGUGUACAACGGGGACCUAGUGGAAUACGAUGCCGACCACAUGGCCCAACUGCAGCGGGUGCACGGCUUUCUCAUGAACGAUUGUUUGUUGGUGGCUACCUGGCUGCCGCAGCGGCGGGGGAUGUAUCGCUACAACGCUCUCUAUUCCCUAGAUGGUUUGGCCGUAGUCAAUGUCAAGGACAACCCGCCCAUGAAGGACAUGUUCAAGCUGCUUAUGUUCCCCGAGAGCCGUAUUUUCCAGGCCGAAAAUGCUAAAAUAAAACGAGAGUGGCUGGAAGUGCUGGAGGAGACCAAGAGAGCCCUCAGUGAGAAAAGGCGAAGGGAGCAGGAGGAGGCAGCGGCCCCUCGAGGGCCACCCCAAGUGACUUCCAAGGCCACUAACCCAUUUGAGGAUGACGAAGAAGAAGAGCCAGCUGUUCCUGAGGUAGAGGAAGAGAACGUGGACCUCUCCAUGGAAUGGAUCCAGGAGUUACCUGAAGACCUGGAUGUCUGCAUUGCGCAGAGGGACUUUGAAGGGGCUGUUGACCUGCUGGAUAAAUUGAACCAUUACCUGGAAGAUAAGCCUAGCCCACCUCCUGUAAAAGAACUAAGGGCCAAAGUGGAGGAGCGAGUUCGACAGCUCACUGAGGUGCUGGUUUUCGAACUCUCCCCAGAUCGUUCCCUGAGAGGUGGUCCCAAGGCUACUCGCAGAGCAGUUUCGCAACUGAUCCGGCUGGGCCAGUGCACGAAGGCCUGUGAGCUAUUUUUGAGAAACAGGGCAGCCGCUGUUCAUACAGCAAUUCGUCAGCUUCGCAUCGAAGGCGCCACUUUACUCUAUAUUCAUAAGCUGUGCCAUGUCUUCUUUACCAGCCUUCUUGAGACUGCAAGAGAAUUUGAGAUUGAUUUUGCAGGCACUGACAGCGGCUGCUACUCCGCCUUUGUGGUCUGGGCAAGAUCAGCCAUGGGCAUGUUCGUGGAUGCUUUCAGCAAGCAGGUGUUUGAUAGUAAGGAGAGCCUCUCAACAGCAGCUGAGUGUGUAAAAGUGGCUAAGGAGCAUUGCCAGCAACUGGGUGAUAUCGGACUGGACCUCACCUUCAUCAUCCAUGCCCUUCUGGUGAAAGACAUCCAAGGGGCCUUGCACAGUUACAAAGAAAUCAUCAUUGAAGCCACUAAACAUCGCAACUCUGAAGAGAUGUGGAGAAGGAUGAACUUGAUGACGCCAGAAGCCCUGGGGAAGCUCAAAGAAGAGAUGAAAAGCUGUGGGGUAAGUAACUUUGAGCAGUACACAGGGCAUGACUGCUGGGUGAACCUAAGUUACACAGUGGUUGCUUUCACCAAACAGACCAUGGGCUUCUUGGAAGAGGCUCUGAAGCUGUAUUUCCCAGAGCUGCACAUGGUACUUUUGGAGAGCCUGGUGGAAAUCAUUUUGGUUGCUGUUCAGCAUGUGGAUUAUAGUCUUCGAUGUGAGCAGGAUCCAGAGAAGAAAGCUUUUAUCAGACAGAAUGCAUCCUUUUUAUAUGAAACAGUCCUCCCUGUGGUGGAGAAAAGGUUUGAAGAAGGUGUGGGGAAACCUGCCAAGCAACUCCAAGAUCUGAGGAAUGCAUCUAGACUUAUUCGUGUGAAUCCUGAAAGUACAACAUCAGUGGUCUAAUGCUUGGGUCUGUUUAUAUGUAUGUAUAUAUAUAGAGAGAGCGCUUAUAUAUUAUUUAUAUUUAUAUUAAGUUGUAUUAGCAUACUCUUUAUAGUUUCAAACACAACUUGAAAAUUAAAAGUGCCCUCUUAGAAUACAAAAAUCAAAAAGAGGAAAAGAAGUUAAAUUAAGCCCAAAUAACAAAAAUACUGGAAUUAUUAAAACAUAUAGUAUGCUAGCUAUCCUUUUAAAUUAUGCUGAUUCUCUUCUGAAAUUAUGGUCACACUAUACACUAUAGCAUUUCAGUUUUAUCCUUUGAUAAAACACUUUUUGGUUUUUUUUUUUUUUUU